AUGCAUCGGCUGGAGGAGAUGGAACACGGUUCGAAGAAGCGGGCAAAGGUAGUCGCAAGGGUCGCAAGGGAGAUUGCGGAGCUGAGAAAAGAGGGCCGCGUGGAGAGGCAAAGGAUAAGCCAGCUGCAGCAGGUUCAGUCUCACACUCCCCAGCCGCAGAAGGCGCCAGUCCCUACUCCAAGCAUCCCCAGCAGCAGCAGCAGCAGCUGUGGCAAUAGGAGUUUCCUUGAGGCCUUAUCGCUCGAAGACUCUCCGGCGGGCCCUGCUGUUGCCGUAGCGCAUCAGCACCCAACGCCAGCUAGGAGGUUGACCCCCUCCGGUGCCUCCAGGUACAACGCCCUCGAAGAAGGGGAACUCCCUCCUCCGCCCCCGCCUCUGGCCCAGACCCGCGGUAAUCGGUCCGGCGAGGGUGAGGCCCUGGGGGGCAGCUACGCCGGUCAUAAUUGGAGCUCAGGAGGAGGAGGAGGGGGGCCGAGACCGCACUUGACCCUGCUCAUGCCUGCGCACCCUCGCCUUAAGAGGGGGGGAAACCGGGGGUCUUCGCGUGGCAGGCGUGUCCAGGCUCCUCUUUACGCCCAGACUGAUGACGGUAAGGGGUGUAGCGGCGGUGUUGCUGGCGGCGGUGGCGGCCGGCGGCGUGGUUCACGGUCUCUAGGAGGACCGUUCCCAGGAACGGUUCGCGAGGACGGUGACGGUGGGUUAGGCAGGCCAAGGUUUCCGGAGCAGAAUGCAGGCCUUGGUGUCGAUAUCGGUGGUGGCGUCGGGGGUGACGCUGGAUCGCCGUCCCUAAGCGACAGCGGCCAGAGCCUAGAGCCGGGGCAGGCGGCGCACAGGCUUUCCUGGCACGGGGACGAUGCCCGUAGGGGUUUCGGGGUUGCUAGCGGCGGGGUCGGGGUUGCCGGGGCAUCGUGGCUGCGUCAUCAUAUCUCGACGGCGUCGGAAGACACUGGGUCUUGUUCAGUCGGGGAGGCGAGCAGCGGGGCGGAGAUGGGGGAGGCGCCUCCUGCUUUGUCGGAGGAGGAUUUGGACGGUUUCCUGGAGGAAGGAGGCGGCAGGGAGUGGGACCGAUCAUCGCGGCCCAUGGUGGCGUUGAAAGUUGGAAACAGGCCUGGCAGGCGGAGAAAAACGGAGAUUCAGCGCGCCGUCGCAGAAGCUGAGCUCGACCUGUGCACCGCAACCGCUGUGGACUACUACCGUGACCUCGCCCAAACAACGGAGUUAGCCGCCGAGCCCGCCGGGAAGGAAAAGGGGGGCCCCGCGGAAGACUCUGAUACAGCAGCAGUAGUACCGGCAGGCCAACUCAGAGAUGCCGACGAUGGUGUAGUUGGGGAAGAUAAGGAGGCGUUUUCACCGGAGCAGAAGGACAGUGACCGAGCAGAGAGAAAGGAACUUGAGCCAGGAGAAGUACCGUAGGGUUUAGGGUCUUCUAGGGCCAUCGACCCAUGUGUG